AUGUUAACCAAUGCAAGGCUCCUUAUCCUUGUAAUUCUGAUCCAAUUACACCAAACCUGCUAUUCAACGAGCAACAACGCCUGCCCUCCUUCCUCUUGCGGCCACAUCCGCCACAUUAGCUUCCCUUUCCGAUUGAAAACAGAUCCUGCAAUCUGCGGCCAGGAAGAGUAUGAAAUUUCUUGCGAGAAUAACGUCCCUUUGAUAUACUUCUCUUCGGCAAAAUAUUAUGUGAAGGAAAUCAAUUACAAUAACUUCACAAUCCGGCUAGCUGAUUCCGAUGUGCAAAACGAUAACUACUGCUCUCUCCCUCCUUAUCCUUCAACCACAGAAUAUUCUUUCCCCUCAUUGUUUUACGCUACCUAUCUCAGGCAAACCUAUAACUAUGACACUUUAUAUCAGGAUUUGGUUUUCAUCACUUGUCCAAAACCAGUCGUUUCUGAAGAUUAUGUGGAUGCUUCUCCCUGCAAUAUUACCUUUAAUUCAUCUUCUCCAAACCCUAUUUCGGAAAUCAAAGAUUAUUCCUAUGUUAAAAUUGGGUCUGAUGGAGCGAUGGAUUUGGAGGAUUCUUGCCGGAUAGAUCGAAUUUAUAUUACAUCUUUGUUGCCGAAAGAUGUGAAGAACGUCUCCUAUGCAGAUGUUCACCGUGGUUUGAUAUUUGGGUUUGAGCUUUCAUGGUUUUGGGGUUGCUGCCGGAAUUACACGGAAAACGGCUGCAAGCUAGACGCUUCCACCAUCAUCAAUUAUUGCAAUCCAGGAUCUGGGAUCAUUCAAUUCCCUCAGCUACGUUCAAUCCUUCUGAAGCUGGAAAAAACUGCCCUCGGUCGUAUACUCAAACGAUUCAAUUGGGAUCCUUCUCUUUAUUUUGAUUUGGAUUUGCAAGGAUAUAUAUUGGCCCUUCUUCGAUAUGCUCUUAUUCUCUUUGUGUUGUAUCGUGCUCCUUUUUUUCUUGGUGCGGUUCUUUCGGCUAUCAUAUUUUGUAGUUAUAGAUGGCGAAGGAGGCAUUAUUCAGAAUAUGGUACAGUGGAAGAAUUUUUGCAGACUCAUAAUAAUCUUAUUCCUAUUAGAUAUUCAUAUUCUAAUAUUAAGAAGAUCACCAAUGGUUUCAAAGAUAAGUUAGGUGAAGGAGGCUAUGGCUCUGUAUAUAAAGGAAAACUUCGUAGCGGUUACUUUGCAGCGGUAAAAAUGCUAGGUAAAUCCAAAGCUAAUGGUCAAGAGUUCAUCAAUGAAGUUGCUACAAUUGGAAGAAUUCACCAUGUUAAUGUGGUAAAACUUAUUGGAUUUUGUGCUGAAAGAUCUAAACGAGCUCUUAUAUAUGAAUUCAUGCCUAAUGGAUCUCUUGAUAAGCACAUAUUCGCUCGGGAAGUUACUACUACAAUAAGCAUCAAGAAAAUGUAUGAGAUUGCUAUUGGAGUAGCUCGUGGCAUUGAGUAUCUUCACAGAGGUUGUGAUAUGCAAAUCUUACAUUUUGAUAUCAAACCGCACAAUAUCCUUCUUGAUGAAAAUUUCAUUCCAAAGGUUUCGGAUUUUGGAUUAGCAAAAUUGUAUCCCACAGAUAAUAGCAUUGUGUCUCUCACAGCGGCAAGAGGAACAAUGGGUUAUAUGGCUCCAGAGUUAAUCUAUAAGAGUAUUGGACGCAUUUCUUACAAAGCUGAUGUCUACAGUUUUGGAAAGUUAUUAAUGGAAAUGGCCGGAAGAAGGAAGAAUUUCCAUGUAUCCGAGGAGCAUCCAAGCCAAAUAUAUUACCCUUCUUGGGUUUACGACCAACUUAACGAAGCAGAAGGCAUAGAAUUAGGAGGCGACACAGAAGAGGAAAGGGAAAUUACGAAGAAGAUGAUCAUAAUAGCAUUAUGGUGUAUACAAUUGAAACCUAUUGAUCGUCCUUCAAUGCAUAAAGUAGUAGAAAUGCUUGAAAGUGAGAUCGAAUGUUUAGAAAUGCCUCCAAAACCUAAUUUUUACCCACAAGAGAUGCCAAAUGAAAAUCCUGAAAUCCAAGCAAACAGAGAGUUAUCAAAUGUGCCAAAAAGUUAUUUAGAUUCAAUUACUUGGAUGGUGAAUGGACGUUGAAUUGUAUAUCUUUCAUAACAUAUAUUAGCAAUAAAAUUAUAUUGACAAAAUAGAUUUGUAUUUAUAUUUAAAUCUGUUGGUUUUUGCGUAUUUGGUAAAUGGAAAUGUUUUAAAGUGUAUGAGGGUUGACGGAGAAAUUUGGAUAAUAAUUGAACAAGAAAUAGUUUGUGGACUAAAGUGAAAAUUUUAUUAAUGGAGGAGGAUUACAUAUUAGUGGACUUGUGAUUUCUGCACACACUUUAGA